GAAACGCACUAUCUGGACGCAUGCAAACUAACCAUGCGUAGACAGGACACUUGUGUACGUCCAAGUAUCUUCACAAACGCUUUUUGUCGUGGAAAUUUUUUAACUUUCGAAUCAUAUCAACUUAAGUCCACCGGACCGUGUGGGUCACAGCUUUAAGCAUUGAUGGGUUGCAACUUUAAGAGUGGGAUGUUCCUCAUCAUAGCAGUGACAAGAAUGAGGAAACACCAGUAGCCGUGGAUGUAAGGACAGUGCGAAGCUCACGAGUCUGUGGACACUCCAGUCCGUGUACGAGUUCAUCUGUGGACGGCAGAACGUACACCGGUGGGCCGAUGGUAGAUUCCUCACCGUCCGCUACCCUGCCACCUGGCAAUAAGGACUCGGGUAACCCAGAGUAUAUUGCCUUUGCUCUGGUGCCUUUCUUCUUUCUGAUGGGACUUCUGGGAGUCCUCAUCUGCCACAUCCUGAAGAGGAAGGGCUACCGCUGUACAACUGAGUCAGAAGAUGAUGAAGAGGUGAAGAAAGAGGAGGUUGAAGAGGAUAAUGAUCCAGAAAAAGGAGAUCUGAAUGAAACCUUCAGUGAUGCCAAUGCUGACACAGUGGGCCAAAUUGUUAACUACAUCAUGAAAAAUGAAGCCAACACCGCUGCACUCCAAGCCAUGGUUCAAGAGAGGAUAGAAUCAGAGGGUGGCCCUGCGACGCCAACCUCUCCAAAUUCACCCAGCAGCCCAGAGAGUCCUGCUCUGCCAGGGUUGCCGCCCAGCACAGCCAAACACACCUGCAACCACCUGCACACCAUCGGAGGAAUGGGAGGACAUAAGAAUAUCUGCAACCGCUGCAACCAGAAAAAAUGGCCUCUGAUGAGACGCUCGUCCAGCAAGAAACUGGAGAGACGCAGUUACUUAGGAGAGGUCACCGUGCUGUCUGUGGGCAGAUUCCGGGUGACAAAGUGUGACCCCAAAUCGGCCCGUGAAAGACGGACGUUGCUUAUCACUGAGCUCAAGGGUAGUGUCUCCUCUUCACCUUCCACUGACCCCCCUGAACACAGCACAGGACCACAGUCACAGGAGAAAGGAGACAGUGCAAAGUGACAUCUGUAUAGUUCUUCUGCUUCUCAGGUGACAUUUUAAAAAAGAUUUUAAUCGGGAAGCCACACUUCCAAAGAGUAAUUUAGAGAGUGAAAACGCCUCACACUGUGAUGAUAGAUGGUAAUGGAGGAGGAAAAGAGGACGAUGAAUGCAAACCCUCCUAUCCGUCAUGUGGCGCGUCGACCGUGUGAAAGACAGCAGAAGCCGGUUUUAUAUACAUUAACCUGUCACCAUGCCAACCCACCUUUCUCAAACAUCCACACGUCAUUAUCCGUGGCGGCUGGCAUAUUCUGUGCUUGUUAAUGGCUAUGAGCGUGUCAAUGGUUAAUCCAUCCUGGCGCCAUGGUGAGAUCUUCGGUUUGUGCCUCUCUGGGCUUCUUCCAGGAAGUAGGAAGUUCUGUUCGAAAUUGUUCUUUUUUCUUUUUAUUGAAAGCUGUGAUACACUUAAAAACAGAGCCAUGAAACAUCUCACUGGUUACAAUCCAGAACAAACUUUUUUUCUUAACAUGUCAUCGUCUUAAAUGGUCUGGGCUUCCAUCUUUUCACUAAAUAUAACUUUUCACCUUUUGUUUUAUUUUAAACGACUUAAUUGUUUUGAAAACCUUUUUCUGUAAAUCAAUGAAAUUACAUGUUUAUAUAGAUUGAGCAACCUAGCGCACCUUAACUGACUGGAAGUUCGCUUGUUGAUGAUUGGACGAGUCUGGGUUCAUUUCACUAGUCUGCCGAACACUCCACGGUUUAGAAAUAUUAAACACUCUUAGUUUCACGAUUCAGUAUAGCUUGCAUGUGUCCCAACAUCGUUCAGCUUUCUCAAGUCUAUAGGACAUAAAUUAAAUAUAACGUCCGGCAUAUAUACAAUAGAUAAGACUGUAUCCUUCACUAUACCUAUCAUGAUUGUUAUCUUUGGAAAAAACGAACAAAAAAAAACGGUGGUACCUCAAAAAAA